AUGCUUUCGCCCAGGAUGGAGGAAAGGCAGCACGGGCAGCCCCUCACAUGGACCCUCUCCCGGCACAGCACGCAAGCUUCCGACCCACCAUUCUCCAUCCGACAACAAAACAUCAUCCAAAGCACCUCAGCGGCAGCUGACCCCAUCAUCCCUUCCACUGCCACCUGCGCCUCAGAUGAAGGGGCAUCAUAUCAGGACGACUUUCCAUCGAGAGAGGGUAGCCAAAAUCGUGAGGGUCUGUUUGACAAGGAGCUACCGCCAGGCUGCUCCUGGGGUCCGGAAAUAACACCGGAGCUCCUUGACGAAUAUGGCCUCCCACCCCACCCCUCAUCGACUCCCUCCUCUCCCCAACGCAUCAUAUACGUAUCCUUUCCACCAUCCUCUACCAAGAACCCGUUCUUCUUCAAGUCAUGGCGUAAGAAGGCCAUCGUUGGCGUAGCGACGGGUUUCACGCUUUUGACGAGUAUCAAUGUUUCGGCGUAUUCAAUAGGGGAGGAAAGUAUGUGCGAAGAUUUGGGGUGUUCGCAGCAGACCGCGGCAGUGGGUCUGGGCAUCUAUUGUUUUGGCUUCGCAGUAACGCCCAUGAUUCUCGCUCCUCUCUCUGAAGAAUUUGGCAGACGCUGGACAUAUGUCGUUUCCGUCAUCAUCUUUCUAUUAUUCCACAUCAUGCUCGCUGCGGCCAAGAAUAUGGGUACAGUGCUCGUUGCGCGGAUCAUCCAAGGCUGCGCUGGGAGUGUUGGGUCAACGCUCGUAGGAGGGACAAUCGCAGAUAUUUACAUGCCUGCAGACCGCGGCCUACCAAGUUCCAUCUUUGCCCUGGCAGGUACAGGCGGUAGCGGUCUCGGGCCAGUCAUAUUUGCCUGGGUGGAGAGUAAUCCGGAGUUGAGAUGGAGAUGGAUAUGGUGGAUACAGUGCAUGUUGAUAGCAGCCCUCCUUCCCCUCAUUUUCAUGAUCUUGCCUGAAACCCGUGAAUCCGUCAUCCUCCGCCGCCGCGCGCACCAUCUUCGCAAACAAGCAGAAACGUCUGAGAAGGAUGUUGGAGGGAGGUAUACGGCGAGAAGUGAGAUUGGGAGAGUGAAGUUCUGGGCGGCUAUGCGGGUCAGUGCUACGAGACCUAUCAUGUUUUUGUUGUUCGAGCCUGUUGUGGCUUUCUUUGCUCUUUGGGUAUCCAUCGCUUGGGGUGUCUUGUACUCACAAAUCGGCGGAAUAACAUACAUCUUCAAGAACAUCCACGGCUUCACCACGAACGAGGUCGGCCUAGUCUAUCUCACCAUCCUGAUCGGCGCUUUCCUCGGCUUUGGCUUCAACUUUCUGCAAGACGCCAUCUACCGCCGACGCGUGUCCAAAGUCGGUAUGGAAGCCCGGCUCUACGGGCCCAUGCUCGCUGGUCUUACGUUCGCCGGUGGGUGUAUAUUCUUUGCGUUUACGGCAGUGAAGGAGGUUUAUUGGUUGGUGCCCUGUUUCGCGAUCGUCAUUGUCAUCGCGAGUAUCUUGACGCUCUACAUCUGCUGUUUCGUCUACCUGUCCGAAUGUUAUGGCUCCUACGCAUCGUCCGCCAUCGCUGCCCAAUCUUUCCUCCGAAACAUGUUUGGCGGCGCCUUCUCCAUCUUCAUCCACAAGCAAUACGUCGCCUUGACCCCUCGCUGGACGCUCUUCACGUGGGGAAUGGUGGGACUGGUGUUGUCGGCGGUGCCGUUUGUGGCAUUUUGGAAGGGGGAGGUGAUCAGGAGUCAUUCGAAGUAUUCGAAGUUGUUGAUGAAGGAGGAGAGGGAGAGGAUUGAGAGGGAGAAGGAGGUUUUGGAUGGCUUUGGCUCUGCCGCUGCCGAUCCCAUCAUCCCUUCCACUGCCACCACCGCCACCUGCUUGUCAAACAGCAAAGAGCUCCAGGAAAGCGAACUUGCAUCGAAAGAGAGUAACUUGGACAAGCAAGAAGGCCUGCCGACGCCUGACCUACCCCCAGGCUGCUCAUGGGGUCCAGAAAUAACACCGGAGCUCCUUGACGAGUACGAUCUCCCUCCUCAUCCCACCUCUACUCCAUCUUCCCCUCAACGUAUCAUAUACGUCUCCUUCCCUCCAAAUUCGCCCAAGAAUCCCUUCUUCUUCAAGCCGUGGCGCAAGCGGGCGAUUGUCGGCGUAGCGACGUGUUUUACGCUCAUGACGGCCAUGAAUGUCGGGGCAUUUUCGAUAGGGGAGGAGAGUAUGUGUGAAGAUUUGGGGUGUUCGCAGCAAACUGCGGCGGUGGGUUUAGGGAUCUUCUGUUUCGGGUUCGCCGUGACCCCAAUGGUCCUCGCUCCUCUAUCUGAGGAGUUUGGCAGACGCUGGACAUAUAUUAUAUCCGUCAUUAUCUUUCUUUUGUUCGGGAUCAUGCUAGCUGCGGCCAAGAACACGGCAACCAUGCUCGUCGCUCGGAUCGUACAAGGUUGUGCUGGAAGCGUUGGAGCAACACUUGUAGGGGGCACUAUUGCGGACAUAUAUAUGCCUGCAGAUCGCGGCCUCCCGAGCUCCAUCUUUGCAAUGGCAGGGACUGGCGGAAGCGGCCUUGGUCCAGCCGUCUACGCUUGGGUGGAGAGUAAUCCGAACUUGAGGUGGAGAUGGAUAUGGUGGAUACAGUGCAUGUUGAUAGUAGUCCUCAUCCUACUCAUUUGUCUCAUUCUGCCCGAGACGCGUGAAUCCGUCAUCCUACGCCGCCGGGCGCAUAAUCUUCGCAAAGAACUCGAGAGGUCAGGCAUAGAUGUUGGAGGACGGUUCACAGCGAGGAGCGAAAUCAAGAGAGUGAAAUUCUGGAAGGCUAUGAGUGUCAGUGCUACAAGGCCUAUCAUGUUUCUCUUGGUUGAACCGGUGGUGACUUUCUUCAGCCUUUGGGUAUCUGUCGCCUGGGGUGUCUUAUUCUCUCAAGUCGGCGGAAUAUCGUACAUCUUCAAAACCAAUCACGACUUCACCACCAACGAAGUUGGAUUAGUCUAUCUCAGCAUCUUUAUUGGCGCGUUCGUCGGCUUUCUGCUCAACUUCAUCCAAGACGCUAUUUACCGCCGACGAGUAUUCAAAGAUGGUAUGGAGGCCCGGCUCUAUGGUCCCAUGGUCGCCGGCUUGACGUUCGCCGUCGGUUGCUUUUUUUUCGCGUUCACUGCGGUGAAAGAAGUUGAUUGGCUGGCGCCGUGCUUUGCCAUCGUUAUUGUCAUCGCGAGUCUUCUAACGCUCUACAUUUGUUGUGUCGUUUACCUGUCGGAAUGCUAUGGCUCUUACGCAUCUUCCGCCGUCGCGGCUCAAUCCUUCCUUCGCAACAUGUUCGGCGGCGCCUUCGUUCUUUUCAUCCGAAAACAAUACGUCGCUAUGACCCCUCGCUGGACGAUCUUCACCUGGGGUAUGGUAGGACUUGUGCUGUCUGUGGUACCGUUUAUCGCGUUCUGGAAAGGAAAUGUGAUACGGAGUCAUUCAAAGUAUAGCAAGCUGUUAAUGAAAGAGGAGAGGGAGAGGAUCGAGAGGGAGAAGGAGGUUUUGGAUGGCUUUGGGUGAAAUAGAAACACGUGGGCGACGGAUGUUGCUGAAUGAAGUAUGUUAUGGAACACGUC